CACGAAAUCAACCAUGAAGAGAUUCGCGUGUUUGUUAGUGCUCAGUGCACUCUACUCAACUGGAUACAGUCAAGAAAAUUUCAAAUGUCCGGACGAUUUCGGAUUCUACCCCCACCACACAUCCUGUGAUAAAUAUUGGAAAUGUGACAAUAAUGUAGCUGAAUUAAAAACGUGUGGGAAUGGUUUAGCGUUCGAUGCUAGCGAUCCAAAAUUCUUAACAGAAAACUGUGAUUACAUCCACAAUGUCGAUUGUGGUGAUAGGUCUCAAUUAGAGCCCGCGGUAGGGACGACACACUGCGAAAGGCUGUACGGUAUCUUCGCAGACGAAGCCAAAUGUGACGUGUUCUGGAACUGCUGGAACGGCGAAGCUUCCAGGUAUCAAUGUUCCCCCGGUCUAGCUUACGACAGAGAAUCCCGAGUUUGUAUGUGGGCUGAUCAAGUACCAGAAUGUAAAAACGAAGGUGGUUUCACAUGUCCCGCUGCCGGAGAAAUAGCCAAUGCCGGUUCAUUCUCCAGGCAUGCGCAUCCAGACGAUUGCAGAAAAUACUACAUUUGCCUCGAAGGGCAAGCGAGAGAAUACGGUUGUCCCAUCGGUACUGUAUUCAAAAUUGGAGAUGCCGACGGUACCGGUAACUGCGAGGACCCUGAAGACGUACCUGGCUGCGAGGACUACUACGGAGACUUGGACUUGAAGAGCAUCCGCAAGAGCGAACUGUUAGCAGGCCUACAGAGUAGCGGUUCGACGCGUACCACCCCCAACGUGCAGAAAAAACCCAGACCCGCCCCUGGUUCGCGUAACGCACCCGAACCCGCGAGCAACAACUAAAUUUUUGUCAUUUUUAUUUUAAUUUUAGAACAAAAAAUACAUUAAAUGGAAUUUUUCUUUGGUCGAUACACGAACAAAUCUGAAGGUGCCUGGCUAAUUUUGGAUCGUAAUCAAAUUUAAGCAGCAAUAUUCUUAUGUCACCCUUUAUAAGGGUUAAAAAUUGCAUCAAUAUCUAACAAAAAGGUUUUUUUAACGAAAAAUAAUGCACAUCAUUGGUGAUAGUCACACAAUUCUUCGGGUUCUACCAUCAUUUAUCGCCAAACUCAUAUACAUCACAAGUCAAAUUU